UAAACUCGCGUCUAUAAAUACCGAGCCUUCCUAGCUUCCAACAAUCGUCAGAACAAACAUCUCAAUCACUUGCUCAUUCUCUUCGUUCCAUCAUUCGCAUUGCUUGACGUUUGCUAGCUUGCAACUUCUCCAACAUCCUAGCUUAGCUUUUUUUCCCUACCAAUUACCAACCUUCUCAUUCUCUUAGAUAAGAUUAAAAUGCAUUACCAGACCGAGUCGUGGGGUUCCUACAUGCCAACAAGGAGUGCCAAUAUGGGUGAUCCACUGGAGCGCAUAGAGAGGUUGGCGUCAGAGAAUGCGGUGGUCAUCUUUAGCAUGAGCACAUGUUGCAUGUGCCAUGCCAUAAAGAGGCUCUUCUGUGGAAUGGGGGUGAACCCGACAGUGCACGAGCUGGACGAGGACCCCAGAGGCAAAGAUAUGGAGAGGGCUCUAAUGAGACUCUUGGGAAACUCCUCGGCCGUCCCGGUGGUUUUCAUCGGAGGGAAACUUGUUGGGGCAAUGGACAGAGUCAUGGCCUCCCAUAUCAACGGCUCUCUCGUGCCUCUUCUGAAAGAGGCGGGGGCUCUGUGGCUCUGAUACGCACGUUCUAUCUUUCUUUAAUUUGAACAUCUCAAAAAAAGAAGGAAAGGAAAAAUAUAUAUGGGUUUUGAUUUACAUAGCAGAAAGGAAGGCAGAGGAAGAGGAGUAGUAGUGUUUGUGAUCAGUCUAGCUAGCUCCUCGUUUUUGGACACACACAAAGACCAAUGUAUUAGUUGAUCCCACUUCGAGUUUGUAUCUUUUUGUUUUCCUUUAUUUUCUUUGAUAGUUUGGGUUUGUUGGUUUGCUUUGUACUUUCACUAAUUAAUGCUCGUCGCAGAGAGAAAUGUAUGUCCUCCCUCCUCUGUACAGAUUAAGGGAAAAGAAAAAUGGUUCUAUCUUUUCUAA